GGAAGAUACUACAUUAGAGAGCUACCCAAGCUGCCAAAGCAACAAAGUGUACGUACUUCGAGGCCAUUGUAAGCUUCCAGCCAUGUUUUCGAAGCUCCUAAUGUGGCUUUUCCUCAUGAGAUACGUAGCUUCCAAAGGCAACGAUGACGAUUUCAUUUACAACGGAUUCCGCGGCACUAACAUGAGCUUGGACGGCGCAGCAGAGAUCACAUCUGAUGGCCUCCUGCUUCUUACAAAUUCCAUACAACAAAAGAGCGGCCACGCCUUUUACCCCUUUCCCCUUCACUUCAAACCUUCACAAGGUAAAACUCAAUCCUUCUCUACCAAUUUCGUCUUUGCGAUCGUGCCCAAGUAUCCGGAAGUGAGAAGCUAUGGGGCUGCCUUCGUCAUCUCGCGUUCGAAAGAGUUCCCACGAGGUCAAGUGGGCCAAUACAUGGGUAUCUUCAAUCCGAAGAACGUUGGCAAUUCAUCGAAUCACAUAGCUGCCAUCGAGCUCGACACAUACCUUAAUCCAGAAUUCAAUGAUAUCGAUGACAACCAUGUGGGAGUCGACAUCAAUGGCUUAGAUUCCAUCACGUCCGCUCAUGCAGCUUACUUUAGUAAUAUGAGCGGUGGGUUUAAGAAUCUAAGCCUCAUAAGUGGAGAACCGAUGCAUGUUUGGGUAGAAUACAAUAGUCUCCAAAACCAUCUCAAUGUAACAUUAUCUCCUAUCGGCUUACCUAAACCUGAUCGUCCACUCUUAUCAUCGACGGUGAAUCUUUCAUCAAUCAUGUUAGAUGAUAUGUAUGUCGGUUUCUCUUCAUCAACCAAGACGGUUCCUACAUCUUAUUACAUCUUGGGAUGGAGUUUUAAGAUGAAUGGUCAAGCUACGGCCCUUGAUCUCUCGCGCCUUCCUAAGCUUCCACGGAUAGGACCCAAAAAGAAAUCGAAGCUUUUAUCAUUUGGGUUACCAAUAAUUGUGCUAUUUUUCACUUUAAUGGCCAUCUCAGCCAUUGGUGUCAUCGUGAGAAGGAAGAUCAAGUUCGCUGAAGUACUAGAGGACUGGGAACGUGAAUAUGGACCCCAUCGGUUCUCGUACAAGGAUCUAUUCAUGGCCACUAAGGGCUUCAAAGACAAAGAGCUCCUGGGAGUUGGAGGGUUCGGGAGGGUUUACAGAGGAGUUUUGCCUGCCUCGAAGAUCAAAGUGGCUGUGAAGAAAAUCUCUCAUGAAUCUCGUCAAGGGAUGCGGGAAUUCAUAUCUGAGAUCGUGAGCCUGGGUCGCCUCCGUCAUUGGAACUUGGUGCGACUUCUCGGCUACUGCCGGCGAAGGAGAGAGCUGCUGCUGGUCUAUGAUUUCAUGCCCAAUGGAAGUCUGGAGAAGUUCCUUUUCGACCAUCCAAAGAAAAUGCUGACCUGGAGUCAACGGUUUCAGAUAGUUAAAGGAGUAGCUUCAGGGCUUCUCUACUUGCAUGAGGAGUGGGAGCAGGUGAUCCUUCACAGAGACAUCAAAGCCAGUAAUGUUUUAUUAGAUAGUGAGAUGAACGGUAGAUUAGGCGACUUUGGCCUUGCUAGAUUGUAUGAUCAUGGGACCGAUCCACAGACGACACACAUGGUGGGGACCUUCGGAUAUCUUGCACCGGAGCUGACUACGACUGGUAAGGCCACCACAAGCACUGAUGUAUUCUCAUUUGGAGCUUUCAUGCUCGAGGUUGCUUGCGGGAGGAGGCCCAUCGAUCCUCGAUUACCAGUAGAUGAGGUGAUCUUGGUCGAAUGGGUGUCAGAGUGCUGGAGGAGAGGGACAAUUUUGGCGGCGACGGAUCCGAAACUGGGACUCGACUAUGAAGUGGAGGAGAUGGAAUUGGUGCUGAAGCUUGGAUUGCUGUGUUCGCAUCCAUUGUUGGCCGCAAGGCCGAGCAUGCGGCAAGUAAUUCAGUUUUUGGACCGCGAUUCACCGUUACCCGAGCUCUCAUCCGAUGGUCUGGGUGCGGCCAUCCUGGCGGUGGGCCAUUAUAAAGGGUUCGAUGACCUACGCUUCUCUUGUCCUUCUUCUUUGGAACAGUGGUCUGCAAGCACAUCAUCUGUCCUGGAAUCGAUCCCCUCCGGUGGCCAUUGAUGGACGAUGGUAAGGUAUUUCAGCACGGUGCAUGUUUGUCAUGUUUUUAACGAAUCGGUGCCACUGCUGGGGGAGCGUAUUGGCUGUGAUCCUGGGGCGCAGAUAUCUCUGUGCCCGGGGCUGUAUGGUGUCCAUAGUGAUGUUUGUGAUAAAUCCACUCCUUCCAUAUGUUUUAAAAGGCCACAAUAGGAUGGGAUUGUAAAAAUCACGCAGAUCCAAAGCUCAAGUGGGCCACACCAACAAAACAAUUUGAACAACAACUUCCACCUUUGAAACCUUCCUGGAGCUGACCAUGAUGUUUAUAUGAUAUCCAAACCGUUCAUAGAAUUAUUACCACUCAGAUAGACUGUAUAAACAAAUAUCAUCCUG